AAAAUUUUUCACACAAUCUGUUCUUUGCAGCCAAGAUGGCAGUAACUUAUCUAUGGUUAGUAUAUUUAUUAAUGGAACUUGUCUCAACGGGUGCAACCCCAGAAGCUUCCGGUCGCCGCAGUUCCAGAUUGAAUGCAGAACCAUUGACUUCUAACGCCACCAAACAUGGAGAAGACAAGAGCACGGAGGCAUUAGACAAACUUCUGGCCUCCCUCACUCCUUACGACCCAACAAACAACAUAGAAAAGCGGCAAAUCUACUGCACAAAUGUCCAGGAUACUCAGCUUCCUACUGGAGGAUAUCCAGCAGUCGUCCUCCCCCAGACAUCCUACAUGCCUGGGUAUCCAACAAGCUCACUACCCACUAGUACCAUACCAGGUUACGUGACUGUGAACCCAUCAGGAAUGGUGCCUGGUUAUAAUGUGGUGACUGGACCAGAGGUCGGGGCUCAGCCUGGCUACACUGUGGUUGAUAUGUCUGCUUCGCAAGGAUUCGUCUCUCCGAACUACCCCAACCUCAUACCAGGGUACAACCCAUGCGUGCCCAUCACCCCAGUGUGCCGUCCUUCAACCCAGUAUUCAGGUCCCCCUGGACCUCCUGGUCCCCCGGGACCACCUGGAGUUUCCCUUCAGUGCAGUGGUUCCUCCUACGGCGGUGUGGGUCCCCAAGGACCUCCUGGACCUCCAGGUCGUGGGUGCCCAGGACUACCAGGGGAGCCUGGAAGGCCGGGACAGUGUCGAUGUAAUGGCGGCGACGCCAUCUUGGAUCCCACGGACGUGGUGCUGCUCACCAUCAGACUCAUCAGCGAGAGAAGUGGUUGCUGCGCCAGUGUUCCGCAGUGCGACGGCGACAUGAGUGCACUGGUUAACCAGGUGGCUGUGGUUCAGAACAAAGUUGAUCAGAUCGCCAAGCUCGACAACAAAGUGGAUUUGCUGAUCUCUGCCGUUGCACAACUCAGACUUAAAAUACAGAACCAAGGCGGAGUCGGAGGGCCGCCCGGUGAAAAAGGCAACAUGGGCCCGCCUGGCAUCAAAGGGAACGUCGGACCACCAGGAAUGCCGGGUGAUUGUCCACAGUCUGUGUGCAACAGCGGGCCUCCUGGUCCCCCAGGACCCCGAGGGACCAAUGGAGAUCCUGGGCCCAAGGGCGAGUGUUGUUACGGGGUCCGUGGAGACCGAGGACCGAUUGGAGCACGAGGAGGGAGCAUGGCUGGAAUACCUGGACCAAAGGGCGCUAAGGGGGACAAUGGAGACCCAGGAGUCUGGUUGCCAAGAGAUCCAUGCGCUGCUACACAUGGGGGAUAAAAAGCUACAUAUAAUGGACGAGCUGCUACAAAUGCGGGAUGCUAAGCUACAUAGGAGUGAUGAAUGUUAAUCACUCCCCUCAUUGACGCCCAUCUUGUUCCGAUUUCAUUGCCAAUUUUCACCUCAUAGUGUCACAUGUAACAAAUGAAUUUGAUUCAGAAUUUCUAUACAAACCAUAUUUUCUAUCCUAAUAAUGGAAGCAACAUAACAAAAUGCGCACCGCUAUCGUAAUCAUUUUCUGGAAUCUGUAAUUUGUUGAGGUGCGACCGUAAUCUUACCCUGUACGUUACUGCGAGCUCUGCCGUUACACAACUCAGACUUGAAAUACAGAACCGUAAGAUCCCAUGCACGAAUUUUAUGUAUAGAGUGGCACCAACUCCAUUGGUCCAUGUUGGCCAUGGAUUGGGACGCCAUUCAAAAGUAAUAGCAACGUUCAUCAUUAUCAUAUGUGUUAAAGGGCCUUAGAAUGAUUAUGAGUUUGAUAUUUUAAGGAUAAAUUUAUUGGACGCGGCACGGAGAUCACGCGGGU